GUCUCCUAGCAACUGAUGUAAACACUUCUACUGUUGUGGAAGAAGUUAAUUGUUGGUGUUCGUAAACGUGUUACUACGCUUUGAACCCAUUUCCAAUGAAGUUUUGUCAUGUUAUUCAUGCGAUUCAUUGAUUAUUGAAGACGAAAGGUACACAUAUUUUGUCAAAUUUACUGGACGGAUUUAAGACGUCGGGUGGAUAACGCCAGCCAUCCUUCGCUUCAAAAGAACUCUCAGGUUAUCUAUCCCGACGGUAUUCCAGGACCAUCAUCCGUAUUUAUGUUUACCGGAUUAAAGACUUGGACUGCUAAAAUACUUAGGGAUUUAUUUUUUUGAUUUCAUGCAAAUCCUCGCCACGUGUGGAUAAAAAUAUACUUGACUAAGCUUUAUUGUAUUCAUUUUCGCUAGAAAAAAAAUAUGUGCAGCGAAUACUACGAGAGGCUUGAAAUAAACCGGAAUGCUACAGACGCAGACAUUAAAAAGGCGUAUCGACGCCUUGCACUCAAGUUUCAUCCGAGCAGCAACAAAGAACCAGAAAGUGCAGAGAUAUAUUACCUACUGGGGGAAGCCUACGACGUUUUGAGUGACCCUCGCAAAAGGGCAACCUAUGACAAGUUUGGAGUGGAAGGUCUCAAAGGUGGAAUCCCUUACGAGUUUGGGAGCGGCGGAGCUUGGUCGUCUAAAUAUGUCUACCACGGAAACCCUGACAAAACCUUCCGACAGUUUUUCGGCAGCGACAACCCGUUUGCAGACUUCUACACAAAUGAUGCCCCACUGCUGCUGGGGGGCCUCCUGCCAGAAGAGGUAAAGACCCAAGACCCCCCAAUUGAGAGGGAUCUCCAUUUGUCCCUGGAUGACCUCUUUCAUGGUUGUACCAAAAAAAUCAAAAUAUCUCGUAGGGUUAUGAAUGAUGAUGGCUACACUUCUGGUAUUAAGGAUAAGAUUUUAUCAAUAGAUGUCAAACCUGGAUGGAAAGAAGGCACAAGGAUUAUUUUUUCUAAAGAAGGGGAUCAGGGUCCAGGCAAGAUCCCUGCAGAUAUCGUGUUCAUUGUGCGCCAGAAGAGUCACCCUCUGUUUAUAAGACAAAACAAUGACCUGAUUUAUAAGGCCCAGAUCUCUCUCGCAAUGGCAUUGACAGGUUGUUCUGUCAAUGUGGAAACACUCGACGGCAGACUACUCAACGUUCCCAUCAACGACAUCGUACACUUCACUUACCAAAAAGUGGUGACUGGAGAGGGGAUGCCACUUUCCCAGAAUCCUUCCCAGAGAGGAAACCUCAUCCUCACUUUUGGCAUACAGUUUCCUGAGCGUCUCUCUCCUGAGAGGAAGGAUCUCAUCAAACAAGCGCUACUCUUUAAAAUUUGAUGACGUCUGGAGUUUUUAUCAACAUGACAGGUCUAUGAAGAUGAACGUGGGUAAGUUAUUGGAUUGUGCUGCUUCUCUGCAUUUAGCAUAUUGGCUUUCUUUGUCUCAAGCAAACAACAGCAGCUGAAGAGAGGCGGACAGACAUUAGCACACAUGUUUUAAGACGUGUAGAUAACGCAGACUGCUGAGUCAUGCUAAAAACACAAGAACACCACGCACUGUACACAAAAUCAAACCCAUAUGUGCCAUACAUCAAACAUUCUUCCUGCUUCUGUAUCUUUUUCGUUUGCAUGUUUAGCACUACAUCCCUCUUGGCAAAGCAUCUUUUCAACACAUGUCAUAACCACAUUUGUUUUUAGUAAACUUCUGACUUGUGACAUUCCUCCAGGCAGACCAUGCAGCUAACUGCUCAUAAUAUUAUGUAAUGUGCCGCUCUCAUCCGGCUAUACAGUGUAACCCAAAUAUUAGGAAAGUAUAAUAAACAUUGUUUUGUAAAUAGUA